AUUGUCUUUGGCUUUUGCUAUCAAUAAUUUUUAUGGCUUUUGUUGUCAUUUGAGUCUGUGAUUUGAGUUAUUUGUUAGAAAUAACUGUUUUUUUGUUUUUGUCUCUUCUGUGUUACGUUUUUUAAAGAAUAAAUAUCAAACCAAACCAGAAUAUUAUUUAACUUUGAUAUUAUUUUUCUAUAUUAACAUUAUGGGAGAUAUGGCUGGUAGUGUUAGAGAGAUUGUGGAUAAUGUGGGACUAGCUCGGGAGAUGACCAUGGUAGGCAAUUAUGAAAAUGCAGAGGUUUAUUAUCAAGGAUCCUUGCAGCUUAUGUCUAGAUUUAUAUUAAACAUAAGUGACCCCAUUAGGAAAACCAAGUGGCAACAGGUCCAGAAGAAAGUCGGCAUCGAAUAUCAAGAGGUAAAAGAAUUAAAAGCUUUACUUGAAACCUUUAAACUUGAAUGUAAUACAGAUGUGCCCAUUGGUGUUAGAAGGCGUGAUAAUAUUCCAUUGGACACAGGUUCAGAGAGUACAUAUGGUAUUACUGACCCUGAUGUAUGGCCACCACCGACUCCAGUUGAUCAUGGUAUUUUGGCAAGAUCAAAUGCCCUAAAAACUAAACCUAUAAAUUCACGAAGAUCAGAAGGAGGAAAAAAAACUCAGCCCUCGAGAGUUAGCUCAUCAUCUACAACUAGAAGGUCAGACAUUGGUAAAAUUACAAGUAGGAUCACCAAGAAGGAGGAUAGACCUUCAAGUUCAAAGUCAGAAAGAAAUGUUGAUGCUGUCAAGGAGAGACAAGAUUCUGAAUCAACAGAUAAAGUUGGUGACAAAAUUGAGGAGCAGGAAGAAAAAAAGUUUGAGUGUAAUGGCAUGGAAAGAGAGUUGGCCGAUGUUUUAGAAAGAGAUAUAGUACAAAAGAACCCAAAUAUAAGAUGGGAUGAUAUAGCUGAUCUUCAUGAAGCCAAGAGGUUACUUGAGGAAGCUGUUGUCUUACCUAUGUUAAUGCCAGAAUUUUUUACAGGUAUUAGGCGACCUUGGAAAGGAGUAUUAAUGGUGGGACCACCAGGAACUGGUAAAACAAUGUUAGCAAAAGCAGUAGCCACUGAAUGUGGUACCACAUUCUUUAAUGUAUCCUCAUCAACUUUAACUUCUAAAUAUAGAGGUGAAUCUGAAAAAAUGGUCAGGUUGCUAUUUGAAAUGGCAAGAUUUUAUGCUCCUAGCACAAUAUUUAUAGAUGAGAUAGAUUCACUGUGCUCAAGGAGAGGUUCUGAAUCAGAACAUGAAGCUUCAAGAAGAGUGAAAUCAGAACUCCUGGUACAAAUGGAUGGUAUAACAGUAAAUAAUGAUGAACCAGGAAAAAUAGUAAUGGUUUUAGCUGCCACAAACUUUCCAUGGGACAUUGAUGAAGCACUAAGAAGAAGACUUGAAAAAAGAAUUUAUAUACCUUUACCCACGUUAGAUGGUAGAGAAGCUUUGCUAAAGAUUAAUCUUAGGGAAGUGAAGUUGGAUCCAGAUGUCAAUUUAAAAAGUAUUGCUAGGAAGCUGAGUGGAUAUUCAGGUGCGGAUGUUACAAAUGUAUGCCGAGAUGCAUCCAUGAUGUCAAUGAGGAGGAAAAUUUGUGGUCUUAGACCUGAUCAAAUAAAACAGCUCCCUAAAGAAGAAUUAGAUUUACCAGUUACAACAAGGGAUUUUGAAGAAGCCAUUGUCAAAAAUAACAAGAGUGUUUCUAAAGAAGAUUUGGACAAAUAUGAAAAGUGGAUGAAUGAGUUUGGUUCUUCUUGAUAGUAUCGUUAAUAAUUUUUAUCUUUAUCUUCAUUUACAACAAUUGAAAAAUAUACUCUAUUUACUAAUUAGAGCUGUAAUAUUUUUACACAAUAGAUCUGUAAGGUCGCGGUGAUUAACUCCUCUCCUAAUAUAUCAUGUGCUUAAUUUUUUAAUUUGUUAGUAAAGCCAAAAUUUUAGAAGCCACAAAUUCAAGUUAUAAAAGUUCAGAUUUUCACAGGCUCAAAUGUUUAGCAGAUGGUUAUAAUAUGUGCCUUUUAUCAAUUUUUAAUAGAAUUUCUCUAUUGGCAAUUAGUUAUGGUAGUGAAGUUAACGUAAGUGUUAUUUUGAAUUUUGUUAAGUACCUAAUACCGAUAUUUUAUUUAUUAUAUAUUUUGAAUUUUGUUAAGUACCUAAUACCGAUAUUUUAUUUAUUAUAUUAAUUAAAAACAAUAUUUUGUACACUAAUCUUACUGAUAAAAUAAAUAACGUUUUGAAUA